GGUCAGACCAUUCUCUUUACUGAGGAAGUGUUUCCGGGGGUAGUCUCUGAUAUAACCGCGUGUUUUCAGUUUUAAAUCCCCCUUUUGUGCCGGUAAAGCUGUCAUUCUACACAGGAUCUGACUGACUUCUUAAAGGAAGAAAGACAGCCGUAAUUCUUUUGGCGAUAACAAGCGGCGUUUUUCCCCCUCCCCCAUUGGUCCAUCGAUGGUCGUUUCUUCCUGCUGCCAUGUUGGAUAGUCCUAAUGAUGUUGCAGUUGGGAGUUCCGUUAAAAGUUUAGGAUCUGUAGUCUCUGCGAUUCUGGGGGUUGCUGUUAAUUUUUCGAAGGAUUUGGGAUAUUUCCAGUUAUAACUGUGCAGAAGAGGAAUUUUAAAACAUAAGACAAAAUCCCGAGUUUUUUGGGGUUUUUUUUGCUACCCGGUCCAAAACAACAGUGCACGGAUGAGGGAGUCGGGCUGCAGGCCACGGUGACCAAUGACUGCAUACAUUUGCACGUAAAGCACCUUAAGGGAUAGAUACACGCAUUUUGUGUUUGUCGGGUUGAUCCUUGUCAGACAUGAGUGGCCAUCCGCCGCAGCGGCGGGUCGCAAACAUCGGAUCUAUCGUCCUGACGCCCCAGGAGAACGAGUGCCUCUUCGGGUACCUCGGGAGGAAAUGCAUCAGUUUGUGUUCAGCCGUGGUCCAGGUCUUUGUCGCCGAGAGGGGCUCCAUGUGGGUGAAAAGGUGCUGUGGUGUGGCGUGCCUGGUGAAGGACAACCCUCAGAGAUCCUACUUCAUCAGAGUCCUCGACAUCAAGGAAGGAAAACUGAUGUUUGAACAAGAACUCUACAACAGCUUUUCAAUAAGCUGUUCAAGGUCAUACUUCAUUUCGUUUGCCGGAGAUACCUGCCAGGUGGGCCUGAACUUUGCCAGCGAGGAGGAGGCCAAGCGAUUCCGGGGGGCGACCAGCGACCUGCUUAGCAGACGGCAGAGGAAGACUGAAAAAAGACGUGACCCUCCAAAUGGGCCUGCCCUGCCCAUGGCCACAGUGGACAUAAAGAACCCAGAGAUCAACAACAUGCGGUUUCAAAACAGUGUACCUGUCAACAACAUGGUUCACAGCAGCCUGAACAAGAAGAAGGCAAAAGGCAAGCGCAAGAAGCUGACCAAAGCUGACAUCGGGACCCCAAGCAACUUCCAGCACAUCGGACAUGUUGGGUGGGAUCCGAACACGGGUUUUGACCUGAAUAAUCUGGACCCAGAGCUGAAGAACCUAUUCGACAUGUGUGGUAUCUCCGAGGCCCAGCUGAAGGACAAAGAGACGUCCAAGGUCAUUUAUGACUUCAUUGAGAAGAAGGGUGGCGUGGAGGCUGUUAAGAAUGAGCUCCGGAGACAAGGUCCUCCCAGGUGGAGUGCCCCCCCACCUCCACCUUCCAGAGGCGGACCACCACCCCCCCCUCCACCUCCUCACAAUUCCGGAGCUCCCCCUCCACCUCCUGCCAGGGGAAGAGGGGCCCCUCCCCCGCCCCCACCGUCUAGAGCCCCCACGGCCGCCCCUCCCCCUCCACCUCCGUUCAGAACUGGGAUGGGGGCCCCACCACCACCCCCGACUAGGGGCCACCUACCACCACCACCUCCACCUUCGCACGUCUCUUUGGCCCCAACAGCCCCUCCACCACCCCCACCCCCACCCUCUUCCUCCCCUGGGUCCACAGUCUCAGUGGCUCCACCCCCUCCGCCGCCUCCCCCUCCCCCACCAGGUCCCCCUCCACUCCCUGACACAGAUACGGGCGAUGCGUUGCCAUCGCCCAUCGGGGGCAAGUCGGCGCUCCUGGAGCAGAUCCGCGAGGGAGCACAGCUUAAGAAGGUGGAGCCAAACAACAAGCUAGUGUCCAGCACGGGCCGAGACGCCCUCCUGGACCAAAUACGGCAGGGCAUCCAGCUCAAAACUGUGUCUGAUGGGCCAGACUCAGGACCCCCCACCCCAGCACCCUCAACUGGCAUUGUGGGGGCGCUCAUGGAAGUGAUGCAGAAAAGAAGCAAAGUCAUCCACUCGUCAGAUGAAGACGAUGAUGACGAUGACGAGGAGGACUUCGAGGAUGACGACGAAUGGGACGAUUAGUGUUCUGCCCCAACACCCCGACAUAAUUCACUAAAAUGUUCCUUCUAAAUCUUAUUCAAAUUAUGUAAAUGUUCUAUCAAUUUUGCUGUAUAUUUUUGUUGCAUUUUUGUUUUGUUUUUUUGCUUUUUUAUCGAUCUGUGCAAUACCUCAUUUAAUCUGUAAAGGUUUGUCGUGUAUCUUCUGUAAGGUUUCUUUUCAAUUAACAUGUGCAAUUUUACAUUGGGUCAAAUUUUCUUGAUUUGUAGAUUUUGGAUGUUUUGUUCUUUCCACAGUGAAGGGAGAUCAGAGGAACAAACCGACAAAUCUUUAAUGUUGUAAUUGCUAGUUAAUGCAAAAUAACACUAUUUUCAUACUGUACUUUUCUGUACCUUAAAUUUUUCUUAUUCAAAUUAGUUUAGCUUUAUUAUUUUCUUAAGAAUCAGCUAUUGGAAUAUUUAGCCCCAUUGUUUUCUCUGUAAAUUUCCACAGAGUUUUGAGGCUGUUAUAUUUUUGCACGAACCAGAAUCGAAAUUCACACAAAGAAAAUGGCGCAGGACUGAUUAUUGUCAGACGUGCUUAAAAAGUCACCGCGAAAGCGACCAGCCACGGAUGGUGUGCAUGUGGGUGUAUGUUACUCUGGCCAGAUGCCUCCUGAGAUCAAGUUCCAGUCUUGUUUUCCUUAGGUCACAGUGUUUAUUUUAAGAUUGCUCACAUACAUCUUUUAUUCACUUUUUACCGAGGUGUCAGAAGAGGGGAAUCAGGUCAGUGUUCAUGUAAAGGGAGAAAAAUAUAUAAUUACCGUCAUUAAUUUAAAAAAAAUGUGCAAUUUACUGUCAUAUAGCGUUUAUUGCUAAAGGCUACAGUACAAUAACAGUAAAUUAACAGUUUGCAAGAUGCUUACAAGAGGCUUGGUUCUCAACUAAUUGAUGGUGAUGCCUGUUACAAGCCCCUUUGUCAUAAACCUCUGUAGUGACAAAUGCUGUUUUUAACAGUGUUGUAUGUAUGAAUUUUACAAUCUUGUGCUUUCUCCUGAGGAUUGUGCUGCAAUAAGAAGCCAGGUUAUCAACAAUAAACAGUAUGAAAAGGUUGGAAAAGAAACACUAAAUUGUACACUUAAAUAAAUGUUAGUAUUUAGA